GCCAACUUUGGUUUUAGGUGGAGAAGAAUGGGGAGAGGGAAAAUAGAGAUGAAGAAGAUCGAGAACAGCACGAGGAGGCAAGUAACCUUCUCGAAACGUCGUUCGGGCUUGUUGAAGAAGACUCGCGAGCUCUCCGUGCUCUGCGAUGCUCAGAUCGGGCUCAUCGUCUUCUCCACCAAGGGCAAACUCACUGAGUACUGCACCCCUUCUGAUAUCAGCAUGAAGCAGAUCAUAGAGAGGUACGCAAACGCCAAAGGCAUCUCAUUCCCGGAACACGGCAACGGCGCCGGAGCAGCUGGAUACGAUGUAAAUCAGGUGCUGAAAGAAUUGAGCCGAAUGAGAAGCGAAACGCAUAAUCUGGAGCUCAGCUUGAUCCACAAGUACAAACCCGACGACUUGAGCGGCCUGCGCUAUGAAGAGCUAGCCGAUCUCGAGCACCAGAUCGAGCUCUCGCUAGACAAAGUCCGAGCUCGAAAAUUUCAGCUUAUUCAAGAGCAAGUGGAGAAUCUAAAGAGGACGGAGGCGCUAAUGGAGAAGGAGAAUCAAGAAAUGUACAAUUGGCUAAUGAGCAAUCAGCUUCAGAAACAAGCUAACAUGGAGAAUGAGCAGCAUCGACAAGCGAUAACCGAGCUGAAGCUGGUCGAGGAGCAGCCAUUGAUGAACCAGUUCCCGUUUUUCGGAGAUGAUCUGCACCUCGGAACCCUUCCUUUUCACACCAACACAUACCACCUUCAGCCAAGUCACCCUAAUCUUCAGCAUUAAUUAAUUUAGGAAUGAGGAUUGUGCUAUGUGGGAGUAAUGAUCUAAUGAGAGAUGAGCUAGUUUGGUGUCAUUUAUUUUCACAAUCUAUGAAUUAAUACUGUUAUAACUUAUAUAUGUAUGUUGUUAUUGAUUUAAGU